AUGCAAACCCAGUCAAAAACCACGUGUACGAACUGCAAGACAACCACCACUCCCUUGUGGCGUCGUGAUGCCCAUGGAAUGCCGCUCUGUAAUGCGUGUGGUCUGUUUCUCAAAUUACAUGGCGUCGUACGUCCAUUGAGUCUCAAGACAGACAUCAUCAAGAAACGUAACCGA